CGUCUUUCCAACAUCUCUUGAUUUUAGAAAUGGCCUCCAUGUUUUCCACAUUAAAGGCGUUCACAAUUGCAUUCAAAUUACUCCCGCCCAGCCUCCUUAGCCGGCCGAAAUCUUGAUGCUCCUCUGAUCCGUGGUGGGCGAGGUCAUUCUUGAGCAGCUCAGAUCCUACUUCUUCUUCUUCUUUCACUACCUCAAUUCCACGUCCGAGAUGUUCAAUAUUGCAUCCAAAGUGCUCUCCACCUGCGCCUCCUUAGGCGGAACCUUAAUGCUCCUCCGAUUCAUACCGAGGGAGCUCAUUCCUGAGCAGCUCAGAUCUGACUUAUUCUCCUUUUCUCACUAUCUCUUCACCCUUGCCUCUUCCAACCUCACUUUCGUUAUCGACGAAUCCAGCGAGAUGUCAAGUAAUGAAAUCUACAGGGCCGCCCACCUCUAUCUCGCCACCAACACCAACCUCAAAAAACGGCGGCUCAGGAUCAGCAAAACCGAGGGGCAAAAGAAUUUCGCGUUCUCAAUCGAAAAGGAUGAAGUGAUCGUCGAUAUUUUUAGGGGAAUUCAGUUGAAAUGGAGGUAUAACUGCAUAGAGCCUCGGGAACAGUAUUCUGCAGAGAAAAAAUCCUUCGAACUCAGCUUCAACAGGAAGUUCUAUGAUAGAGUCGUGGACUGUUAUUUACCUUAUGUUUUGGCCAGGGCUAAACAAAUCAAAGAAGGGUGCGGACCAAUUAAGAUCUAUACUCGUGCCUGCCCUCGAAGCGAUCAUGAUACCAGCUUCUGGCGUUCCAUGAUUCUUGCGCAUCCAGCCACAUUUGAUACCGUAGCCAUGGAACCGGACCUGAAGAAGAUGAUAAUCGAUGAUUUGGAGAGGUUCGUGAGUAGGGAGAAGUUCUACAAGAAAGUGGGGAAGGCACGGAAACGAGGGUAUUUGUUGUCCGGCCCUCCAGGCACUGGAAAAUCGACUUUGAUUGCUGCCAUGGCCAAUUACCUCAAGUUUGAUAUAUACGAUCUGGAGCUUGCAAGUAUUUACUCCAAUUCAGACCUGAGAAAGGCAUUGUUAUCAACAACAAACAGGUCAAUUCUUGUGAUCGAGGACAUAGAUUGCAGCAUUCAGGUUCAAGACAGGGAAAAUCGCUUAGAAUAUGAUAAUUCAAACAGAAGGUUAACGCUAUCUGGCAUAUUGAAUUUCAUUGAUGGACUGUGGUCAAGCUGUGGGGACGAGAAAAUCAUUGUGUUAACGACCAACCACAAGGAUAGGCUUGAUCCGGCACUGCUGCGUCCAGGCAGGAUGGACUUGCACAUCAACCUGUCCUACUGCACGGUUGAUGCGUUCAGGAUCUUGGCUUCUAAUUACCUGGGCAUCAGCAACAGAGACCAUCCCCUGUUCGGAGAAAUCGAAAGCUUGAUACAGAGCACGGAGGUGACUCCAGCAGAGGUGGCAGAGCAACUGAUGAGGAUCGAAAGUAUCGACCUUGCUCUUCAAGGACUUGUUAACUUCCUUAAACACAAGAGGAGUAAAUGUGAGAAAAUUGAGGAGGAAGUUGCUGAGAUUGAAGAAGCAAACAGUUUGAAAAGGGAUAAUGAGGAAAAGGACAUUAGUGUUAGGAGGAAGAGACGAAGGGGGAUCAGGGAUAGCAACACGAAGACGGCAAGGAGACGGAUGGACCAAGGAUUGACUGAGUAGAAGUGCCAAAUUGAUUUUUCACUGAAAAAAUAGUGUGUAGACUUUGGUUGCAGAGUCCCUGCUCCAGUUGAUGUUCAGAAAAUUUGGAAUAAGGCAAAUUGAUGUAGUGUAAAUAAGACCAGCAAGGUUGAUUCUAAUUUACAUAUCCCUUCUCAUAAGAGCAAAGGAUUUUUUUUUUUUUUUUUGUAAACUCUCUUGAACAAAGUAGAAAGACAAUAACUAUGUUAAUAAAAAAUACUAUUAAAU